AACACUCUCCUACUUCUAACAAUGGAAACUGCUAUUUGUAACACUAAUUGUAAUGGAAAUGGAAAUCCUAAUCCUGCUGCUGUUCAAGUUCAGCAUGUAACUAAGAAGUCAUCUGAUGAAUUGCUGAGGAAGUUUUCUGUAAUCGACGACAAUAACAAUGAUGGCAAUAAGGGAGUGGCGUUUAGGAAAGAGUUAAUGGCGGUGAAACGGAGGAAAAAGAAUGGGUUACGCAGGCCAAGAAGGGAAUCAUCGGGUGGUGGUCAUUGUGACAGUCCUUCCAACAAUGGCUUUGUUGAGCGGAAAUGGCUUCUUCCUCCGGCGACCACACGGCGGUCCACUUUGCUUAAACAGCUUGGGAUCAGGGAAAUCAGGAAAAGGUCCAUCUUUGGCACCAUUGAGAAGACAUGGCGUAAAACUAUAGAAGGAGCUUCUAGAGUUUUCAUGGAGAAACAUUAUAACAGGCAUAGGCGUUUGAUUAAUGAUGUUGUCUACCCAACUUUUUAG